AUGGCUUUUGAAGAUAAGUUAAUUGGGCCAGCCUUGAGGUUUAAUACAUUUUUGGAUAAGUUUCCCAAAAUUUACAAUGUUUAUGUUAUUGCUAUGAUCUCAUGUAUUUCCGGUAUGAUGUUUGGAAUUGAUAUUUCAUCGAUGUCUGUGUUUGUUAGUAACGAUUAUUAUCUCGAUUAUUUUCAUUCGCCAAAUUCUGAGUUGCAAGGGUUUAUUACUGCAUCCAUGGCAUUAGGUUCAUUUUUUGGGGCAAUUUCUGCUUCAUUUGUUUCAGAACCCUUUGGUAGAAGACCUUCUUUAAUUACAUGUGGUUUCUUUUGGGUGGUCGGAUCUGCAAUUCAAUCCUCUGCCCAAAAUGUAGCCCAAUUGAUAAUUGGGCGAAUUAUCGGUGGAUACGGUGUUGGAUUUGGGUCAUCAGUUGCCCCCGUCUAUGGUUCCGAAAUGUCACCUAGAAAAAUUCGUGGUUUGAUAGGAGGUCUUUUUCAGUUUUCAGUAACACUCGGUAUUCUUAUUAUGUAUUUUGUGUGUUACGGUUGUCAAUUUAUACAUGGUGUUGCAGCCUUCAGAAUACCUUGGGGCUUGCAAAUGAUUCCUGGACUUUUGAUCAUGCUUGGAACUUUGUUUAUUCCAGAAUCCCCUAGAUGGUUAGCGAAACAAAAUCUUUGGGACCAAGCGGAAAAAAUUGUCUCAGAGGUGCAAGCGAAAGGUAAUCGCGAGGACCCGAAUGUCAUAAUCGAAAUUGGCGAAAUUAAAGAACAAAUAUUUGCAUCCGAGAAACUUAGAUCUUUUACGUUUGCGGAUCUUUUUACUAAGAAGUACAUUGCAAGAACCAUAGUAGCAGUUAGUGCUCAGAUCUGGCAACAAUUGGCAGGUCUGAAUGUUAUGAAUUAUUAUGUUGUUUAUAUUUUCGACAUGGCAGGUUAUUCUGGUGAUAACAAUUUAGUUGCAUCUUGUAUUCAAUAUUGUUUAAAGGUUGGCGUAACUGGCAUCGCUUUGUUAUUUAUGGAUAAGUUUGGUAGACGACCUCUAUUAUUAGUUGGUGCCGCUGGAAUGAUGGCUUGGCAAUAUGCUGUAGCUGGUCUCUUUGCCACAUAUUCUUUACCAAUUGAAAACCCUGAAAUUGAUACGGUUAGAAUGAGAAUUCCCCCGGAUAAGAAGCCAGUGGGAAAAGCUAUUAUCGCAUCAUGUUUUUUGUUCGUUUGUUUUUAUGCCGGGACAUGGGGUGUUACUAUUUGGGUAUAUUGUGCUGAAGUUUGGGGCGAUAAUGCGGCAAGACAAAGAGGUGCUGCUAUUUCCACUGCUGCUAAUUGGAUAUUCAAUUUCGCUCUUGCUAUGUAUACACCAUCUGCAUUCAAAAAUAUUACAUGGAAAACAUACAUAAUCUAUGCUACGUUUUGUGCUUGUAUGUUCAUUCAUGUUUUCUUCUUUUUCCCUGAAACCAAGGGUAAGAGAUUAGAAGAACUUGGUUUAAUGUGGGAAGAAAAAAUUCCUGCUUGGAGAAGUAGACUGUGGCAGCCAGAUGUUCCAUUUCUUUCUGAUAAGGAAUUACAAUCAAAGAUGGAAAUCGAACAUAUUGAAGGAGAAAACUCUCAGAACUCACGUGCUUCUCAAUCGCUGGAAAACAAAUAG